AUGGAUCCACGAACCUCUGUCCCCGGCGGAUGGCCUCUCCACAAAGGCGACUCCAAUGUAGAGAAGCACCUCGUUCCUCUCCCAACAUAUGUCAACGAGGAGCCAGACCAUCCUCACACCGAGCCCAUAUCCCGUAUCUCAACAACCACCCGCACUCGCCCAGUUUCUACCAUCUCAGCAACCACUCCCACCCGACCCAUCUCCACCGUCUCCGUCCCAGAACAGCCCAACCUGCUGAAAAUCCCCACCGCCCGAACAACCCAAAGCAGACCCUUCUCCAUAACCACCGGCCAAACAGAAAACGUCUACGUCGACGCCCCCGAAUCCCUAGAAGACACCGACGAGAAGAAAAAACCCCUCGCAACCAUCUCCUCCAAAGACGGUUCCACAACCCCAGCAUCAGAAGAUGACUCCGCAACCACGCUCGCGGCCGGCCCACCGCCACCACCACAACCCGUCGGCGCGAAGGCCAUGUUCAUGAAAGCCGCAUUCUCUCGCUACUGGGCCGACUGGUGGAUCUGGGAGUUUAUUUCCAUUACGAUCUCCACGAUCUGCAUGUUAGCUGUUGUGAUCAUCUGCACCGUGUACAAAGACACUGCACUGAGCGCUUGGCCUCAUCCUCUUACGCCCAAUGCGUUGAUUGCGAUUUUUGUUGCGUUGGCGCAGGCGGGAUUGGUGAUGCCGGUUUACAGUGUUAUUGGACAGUUGAAGUGGAUUUGGUUUGGGGUUGGGGAGAGACCGCUUGUGGAUUUUGAGACGUUUGAUGAGGCUUCUAGGGGACCGGUUGGAGGGUUGAAGUUGAUUGGGACGUUGAAGGGAGGUGGUAUUGUUAGACACCUUGCCAACACAGGUGUGGUUACAGCCAUUCUGAGUCUAGCUGCUGGACCUUUUGUUCAGAUGAUGAUCUCGUAUCCUAUCAUGAAAGUUUCUGGGCCGGAUGCUGUUGCUAUGGCUCCAAGAGCUGAGUUGUUCGAUGGCUAUACUCUUCAGCCAGAUGCACCAGGACUACCAGAACUAUCAAUGAUGCGAGCAAUCCAGACCAGCUUAUACACUGGCGGCAGCGUUGCUCUCCCAGCUCUAGCACCAGAAUGCUCUACCGGCAACUGCGAAUUCCCAGCUUACUCCUCCUUAGCCGUGUGCGCUCAAGUGGCCAACAUCACCGACAAACUAACUGUCACCCCAGUGCCAAUGAAUGUUGGCGGUGAUGUCGUGGUUGUCAACAACUACAAUGUCACACUUCCAAAUGGAGCAGCAUUAGAAGCCGGUCAAUCCGUCGUCAAUAUCACAACCGCAGUGGCGACUGGAAGUUUGGCAUUUUCAAGCAUGCCUAAUAUUCUUGAGACGACUAUAGCAAAUAGCUUCAUCAUCUACCAGAAGGACGUGAACGCUGAAACUCGCUCAUUCGGAGCUGUAGAGAUACUCCUCAACUGGUGUGUUAGCACCUUCAACACCACCGUCGAUGCCGCAAAGUCGGAAACACACGCAGUCACCAAUUCCACAAAUGUUGUGACAGCCAAUGGACCUAACGGUGCCCUUAUUCUGAGAGCUACUGAGGGGACUAUAGACUACACAGUCGACUCUCAAGCCAACCUCGCAAUGCAAUCCUAUCUCGCAUCCACACUCAGCGGAAGCUACUCUGCCGGCUUUGGAUACUUCUCGACAGAUGCAGCGAUGGCCAUCUCCGGUGCUUUAUACGAGCGAACAGCUUUGGCAAGUGUCACCGGCCAAGCAAAGGAAGACAUGCAAUUCGGCGGGAUCAUGAAUGCAACGCAAAACAUUGCAGUCAGCAUGACCAACAACAUCCGCCAACGUCAAACCACCGCAAAGCCACAAACAGGCAAGGCCUUCAUCUCGGCCCCGAUGAUCAAAAUCCAAUACGGAUGGAUGUGCUACCUCGGCAACCUCGUCUUCUCUAGUUUCUCUCUCUUGGUCGCCACGAUGUGGUUAAGCCGCAAGACGCACGUCGAUGUGAUGAGGAACUCGGCUUUAGCAACUGCGAGCGCGCUUAGUGCUGAUAGCAAGAAUUUCAUGGGCCCGAUUGAUCGACGGAAUAAGAGCUGGUUGAAGGCAUAUUUCUUGAAGGUCCAGCUUACGAAGGGGGAGGCGGGGUGGAGUUUGGAUGCUAGAAUGUGA